CUGCUCUCGACGCGCCUUUCAGUUCUCAGGUUCAGUCAGUUUUGAUUCACUCUUCCUCCUCGCGUCUGACCGUGUCCUACCUCAUCCCACCGCUUCUAGCGCUUUUCUCGGACAUUUUUCUUUGAAACAUCUCGAUUAACCACCAUGGCUGAUACCGCUGUUGAUACGACUACCACCCCUGAGAUCACCGCAAAGGACUUGAAAGAGAAGAAGAAGGAGGUGGUUGAGGAGGCAGCAGAGGCUGCAAAGGAAAACGGCAGCGAAGACGCACCUGCCAAUGGAAAUGGAACAACUAACGGUGCUUCACACGAGGAAGAGGAAGCCAAUGAGGACGUAGAGGGUGGGGAUGAUGAGGAGGCGGGAGAAGCAGAGGAGGAGGAGGAGAAAGGUGCUGAAGAAGAGGCAGACGGGCAACCCGUGAAACGUCCAGCUGAGGAGGAGGAGGCAGUCGAAACAAAGAAACAGAAGACAGAAGAGAACGGCGACUCCACAGAGGCUGAAGUCCAAGCCUAAAGCUCUCGCUGCUCUUCAGUAGCUCUGUCUGUAUGGUCAGUUUGACCUAGUAGAGUUUGUGCUUUCCUGUAUAUUUCACAGACCUUCUUUUCGCCGUCACAAGAUCUUUUUAUUGCACUGAGGCCCAUAACAUCAUGACUCUGUCCCCUUUUGUAAGACCUUAUUUAUUGGUGUAGGACCAACAUUAGAACCCUGUAUUAAAAGAAACAAUGUUUAUUUUAGCAAACGUUUAACAAGCACACAUUCUACUCUGUUAUUUGACCAGCGGAUGUACACACAAGCAACUGAAAGCCUAAGGUUCUGUCAUUUUCAUGGGUGACAUUUUUCUGAUCCACUAAAGACCAAAGAUGAGUUUUAAGCAGGGGCUAAUAGACGAUGUUUAACCUGGUUGUGCUGCUAGAAGUUAAUCCCUCGCUUUGGCAGAUCAUUUAACAUAACAGAUGGCUCAUAUGAAUGAGAGGGGUUCCUUAGUCAACACAUCGCCCGUCCUCUUAACAUGUUAAUUAACCCCUUUUUAAAUCUUGAAGGUCUUUUGUUCCAUAUGCAUUUAAAAGGAUUGUAUCUUUCUAUCCUUAUGUACAGUUUUGGGGGUUUUGUUUUAUCAUUGUGAUUUAAAUGGGAAGUGCAGAAUGAAACAAAAACAAUCUAUAACAGAACUGUAUGUUGGUACUGGUGUUCUUUCAGUCCUUCAAGCGAAACCUUUUUUUUUUUGUGUGUUUUGGUUGCUUUUUGACCACUGCUUUGUAUAGUUUGGUUCAGGAUUAUAAAUAAAAACACAGUCUUGUCUUUUUAAAA